UAAACUACAAUAAUAAUAAUUAAUACAAUAGACAUUACUCACACAACAUUAUCUUAAAUUUGGCUAUAAAUGUAAGAGUAAUACAACAUUAUUUGAUCAUCACAUCCAUCAAGCUAGAAAUAAUUAAAACACAUUAAACCCUCUCCUUCCUUAAUUAAUAAUAUUAAAAUUAAUUAAGCAUGGGUAGUAGUACUAGUAGUAACCUAGUUUUGAUGAUGAUAAUGAUCUUAUUAUCUUGUGUUUUGUCAUCAUCAAAUAAUGUUGAAGUUGAAGGAGUAGAGAAAAGUGUUCCUUUAAAGGAUGGUCUCUCAUGGCAAUUCUAUGCAAAAUCAUGUCCUAAUCUUGAGUUCAUUAUUAGAGAACAACUCAUCAAGAUCUUUAAAGAUGACAUUGCCCAAGCUGCUGGCCUUCUUCGCCUUCAUUUUCAUGAUUGUUUUGUUCAGGGAUGUGAUGGUUCGGUGUUAUUGGAUGGCUCGACAAGUGGGCCGAGCGAGAAGAACGCACCCCCGAACUUGACCUUGCGAGCCAAGGCCUUCAAGAUCAUCAAUGACCUUCGAGCCAUAAUCCACCAAAAAUGUGGAAGGGUCGUCUCUUGUUCUGAUAUUACUGCUCUUGCUGCACGUGAUGCUGUUUUUCUGUCUGGUGGUCCGAUCUAUGCUGUGCCACUUGGAAGAAGGGAUGGCCUAGAAUUUGCGACACUGGAAGUAACCCUAGCCAACCUUCCACCACCGACUAGCAGUGCCAGCGCUAUCGUUGACCAACUCGCUACCAACCAAAAGCUCGACCCCACUGAUGUUGUUGCCCUCUCAGGUGGCCACACCAUUGGCAUUGCUCAUUGCCCUUCCUUUGGUGACCGCCUUUACCCUAACCAAGACUCCACCAUGGAUCAAAACUUUGCCAAGAAACUCAAGGGUGUGUGCCCUAAAAAAGACACAGACGCUUUCACCUUUCAAGAUAUUUUAACCCCCAAUAUCUUUGAUAAUAAGUACUAUAUCGAUCUCAUGAAUCGCCAAGGACUUUUUACGUCUGAUCAGGAUUUGUUCACAUUUAGUAAGACUAAGGAGAUUGUGAAGAGCUUCGCUAUCAACCAAUGGUUGUUUUUUGAGAAAUUUGUGAUUGCCAUGACAAAAAUGGGGCAACUCAACGUCUUGACUGGCAAUCAAGGUGAGAUUAGGGCGAAUUGUUCGGUUAGAAACCCUCAAAAGACAGCUUUCUUGGCAUCUGUGGUUGAGAAUGGGGAAAUCAUGACAAACUUUUAAGAUGUUUUAACUCUUUAAAUUAUGCAUAUUAAGUGUUUUGUAAAAAGAAAAAGAAACUUAAUGUUGUUUACACAUAUGUUUUAUGUUCAGUGUGUGAAUGUGUGUAUGUUUUUUUAAUGAACCAAGAAAGUCUUAUAUAUCAAUCAAACUUUUACAA